GGCUUGCUCUGCCUGCCUUCAUUUCUCCCUUCCUUCCUUUCUUUUUUUUCUUCUUACCCCCUUCGCCCUCUCGAUUCCAUUCUCUCGAUUUCACGUUCGUCGAUACCUAUCGACCAAUUCUACCUGUCGAAACGCAGUUUCUGAUUUUCGAUUCUCGGUCCGUUCUCCUGACCCAUGGAACUGGCCUAGGGUGCCGCCCGACACCCAACACCAGCACCACCACCAGCACCACCACCCCAACACUCCACGUCAAGUAUACGCCAUCGAGCUGAUGAUACCACGACGGAACGAAUUUUGAUUCCAUCGAUCAGAUAUUCUGAUAUUUGCUAUACGAAGAGUAUGCCCACGACCCAAAUGGACGCCUUGGGCGCCUUCACCUACCUGUCCGACAACCUCCCCACCUGGAUCUCUCGCCUCGCCGACCUCUCAGCCCAUACAACCGCCAAAAACGCCGAAUUCGCUGAAGCGUUCAAGCAACACUCAGCGCCCUCAAAACCGCGUCGUCGCCGCAAUAGUUCUGUUUGCUCGAUCCAAGCAGACUCGCUUGCGGCAAAUCACAGCCAGUUGGGCGUGAAACGCAGACGACAGACAAACGAUGGAUCCAUCGACUCAUGUAACGGCCCUACGGUGAUCAGUACGCGACAUAACCUAAUUAUUCACUACGAUGGGUAUACUCAGAAGACGCUAGAGGAAAUGGUGCGAAAUAUUGGGACAGCACGAAAUAAUCUACGCAAGGGCAAGAUGGCUCAGCUGCCGCUGGCUGUCGGUGGCCUGCGAUCGUCGUCGAGGAAUACUGCUCGCACAAUGCUACCUGCUUUGGAUCCAGGUGCUCCUGAGAGCGAUUUGCUGGCUAGUAUACGAACGGCACGGACACGGGGCCCGCCCGCGCCGCCGCAGGCGGCAAGAGAGUCGCCAUUUGACCUUGCAGAUAAAAAUCUGGAACUUGCACAUAGCUUCUGCGAGACAGCAGCGUACCAUUUCCUGCGGGUGGGGGCCUGUGCUUCAGAGCUGGAGAGCGUCAGGGACCGAUUCAAUGUCCUGCUCAAGCUCGCUACGGAGGAAGUCCAGCGUCUCCGGGAGGAACAGGAGGCGAAGAAGAAGGAACAGCUGGACGAGAAAAAGCUCGAAGCCGACGCUUCGACCAAAGUCACAGUUACAAUUACAGAAACCUCCGUGUCGCCGAAGCGACCGGCAUCGAACGAGGGACCCGUCGAGGUCGACGAUGACCAGGGCUCGGUGGAAUCGCUUGAUCUGACGGCAUUCAGGGUCGGUCGGCUGCGACGGUGAUCCGUCCAUCUCACUUACAUUCUCUCACUUAAAUCUCACUUCAACAAAACUGCAUCGACACUCGCUUUCAUCUCAUUUCAUUUAUUCCUGUGGUUCACUAGGUUGGGUCUGCUUUAUCGGUCAUAGCGGGUCUUUCGUUGUUUUUUUUUUACGAGCGUGUCCUGUCCUCUCCUGUUCUUUUGACUGAGCGUGGUGUUGGCGGAGUUUCGGCAUAUUUUAUCUUUCCAACCAUGCACUAUUUACGCAUCAUUCUGGAUAGUUCUCCAUAUAUACGUAUCUACGGUUAUAUAGCCGAAUACCAUGAC